AUGACACUACUAUUUCUAAACUUCGGUGGCGAGAAAGUAGGGAAGACCAAGAGUGGCGGAAAAGCGUUCGUUCGCGCAAAGGUCACAAACAAGCCCAUCACGCCCCCGCCUGUAGCUUCCUCAUCCACCCCAGCGCCGACUCCAGCCGCAACCUCCGAUCCACCCCCCGCGGAACCACCCCCUGCAACACCUCCCACCCCAGAAGCUCCACCCACAGAAUCAGCCACAGAAACGGCACCAGGCUGGACCACCGCCCAAGACGAGACCAUCAUGAGGAUGAAAGCAGCUGGCAAGACAUGGAGAGAGAUCGAAGGGGCUGUGGGCAAGACCGAUCGAAACGAAGUACGACAACGAUACAAAGAUCUCAUGGCGCAGAAACACGGUAGCGCGGGCGGCGGUGCUACUCCCAAGGAUGAAGAUGAAGGGGGAAAAGGAAAAGGCAAACAGCCAGAGAAGAGCGCCAUGAAAGACCCGAACAAACCCAAAGACGGGGAAGUUGGCGAGGGGCCCGCGAGCACGGGCGACAGGCCAGUAAUCUUCGUAGACGAGGGCGGGGAGUUGAAUACUGAACAGCUAGCUCAACUCUACAAAAUGCACACGCGCGCCGAGCGCCGGAAAUGGCUGGAGAUAUCGAGCCGAUUCUUCGAUCAGACGGGGAAGAGGCUGAGUCCUGAGUUUUUGAGGGAGACACUGGGAUAUCUCUGA